AUGAGACAAGCUAAUAGAACUCGAGCACUUCUCGAGUUGUCUCCGGCUAAGCACCCCAAGAAGAAGACAAGCGACACGAGCAGCGAAGCGCGGAAGAACUGUGCCUACCACGCGCGCGAUUGUCCCCUGGAGAGCCCCAGCGCCGGGAUACUACCACCCAGCCCCCGGACGGUGGCGAUGAGCCUGGGCCCUCACUAUUACCAUACCCGUACUAUCGGGUUGAAGAACGGAUCUCAGAUGACGACCCGUGAAUCUUUAACGGGAGUUUACUGGGCUCUGGAUACGGUGUUCACAAUAUUCCUGGACGACGAAUCGCCACUCGAGGUGGUCGGCCCACUCGCAGCAAAAUGUCGCUCUCUUCACGCCAGCCAUGAGACCCCCGAACCAUUCCAACAGGUGGUCAGGAGGACCGAGGCAGCACCCGAGUCAGCAUCGCAGCGUCAUUCGUACCAAGCACGAUAUGAUAGCACAAAAUGGAACAGUGGGUAA